AGUUACGCGACGUGGUUCUCUUCACUCUGCGCUAAGUCUGCUUCCGCAGAAAAUCACUUACACCGCAGCUUCCACGCAACAGCUUCGCCAUGCAGCGUACGCUUUUGUGAUGCCAGAUACCAACGAGUCAUAUCAGCCGGACGGCCUCGGGCAAGCGUCGCCCGCGACCGCCGAAUCCUCCGCCAAACCACCACUCUCUGACGACGACAUCCUCGACAAGCUGUACGAAGUCGCUCUCCUGCUUGAUGCUGGGAUAGACAAACAGACAAUCGCGACGUGCAUCAAACUGUGUGAUAGUGGAAUGAGUCCUGAGGCGUUGGCUAAAAUGAUCUCCGGGCUCAAGGAUGAAGCUACUUCGCAUCCUGAGCGAUAGCCUGGCAAUCUUUUCUCAGCCAAAUUCCACGGUUGCUCAAGUUAAAUUACUUGUGAU